AUGAGAUACGCUUUCGCUCCCAUCGCGUUUGGCCUCGGAGCCAACGCCCUUGUCGUUCGUCAGGCUACACAGUGCUUCAAGCUUGAGGCGUCAGGCGGCGCAUCAGGUGUACUUGGCCAACUCGACGACGGCCAGAACCGUGUCGGUAACGGUGGUCUGCCUACCGGCUGCUACUGCCUGGACGGCAACGGCGGCUUCACUGAUUCCAAUGGACGUGGUUGCAUCCUGACUCCUCCCACCACCCAGUUCCAGUGCGAUGUUGGUGCCACUCCCACCAACGGCUUUGCGGUCGGACCCAACGGUGGCGUUACAUACAACGGCUCCGGCAAGUUCUACGCUUGCCCCGUCAACGACAACGGCGAGUACAACGUCUACACAACACCUGCCCCUGGUCAAGAGAAGUGCGUCGAGAUCUCUCUUGGCUCCGCUGGUUCUUGCGGGGCUGGCGCUACACAACCCGCUGGCUCUCAGCCUGCUGGCACACCUCCCGUAGCCACUGCGACUGGACCAGCCGGCACACCUCCUGUCGCUACUGCCACUGUACCUGCUGGUACACCUCCUGCUGGCACAUAUCCUGCUGGCACACCUCCCGCUGGCACACCUCCUGUCGCUACUGCUACUGUACCUGCUGGCACACCUCCUGCUGGCACACCUCCUGCUGGUACACCACCCGCCGGUACACCUCCUGCUGGAAAGCCCUCUGGUAUGCCUGGGAAGCCUUCUGAUAUGCCUGGAAAGCCUUCAGGUAUGCCCGGAAUGCCUUCUGGCAUGCCCGAGUACCCCGGCCAACCUGGAAAGCCUCAGCAAUCAGGCAAGCCGGGCUACCCCGCCAUGUCUGAAGGCAUGAAGCCUUCCCAGCCCGCACCUGGUGUUCCUCAAGAGUCUGAGUGUGUUCCCAGCGUCGUGACUGUCACUGUCACUGCGCCCGCUGCUCCUCCCGCUGGAACCAACCCCGCUCCCUCUGAGACCAAGCCAGCCCCUCCUGCCGAGACUCAUCCCGCUCCUCCUGCCGAGACCUAUCCCGCUGCUUCCGCGACCAUGCCCGCUCCUCCAGCAGGAAGCAAGCCCGCUGAAACACCAGAGAACCCCGACGACGGCGUUAACAACGGCGGUGAGGGCUCAUGCCCCCAGGACCUCAACGGCAACUACGAGUACCCCCACCUCAUCGUACCUGUCGACUCCGAGCAGCCCGACAAGGCCCACGACACCUCCUACAAUGGCAAGGUCGAUAGCCACACUUGCACCAUCUUCAACUUCGACAUCCCCGCCUCCAUGGCCGGCAAGAAGUGCUCUGCCAUGUUUAUGCUUCCCAAGAAGGAGGACCUCGAGACCUCCGACUACACCAUGUCUGGCCACGGAGAGUGCACCAUCAGCAAGCUCAAGGGUCCUGCCGAUGCGAUGACUACCUACAAGAACAUGCCCGCCAAGGAGAAGGACGUCGCUCACAUGGAGAUGACCCCUGGCAACACCUACCCCGUCGAGACUGGUGACUGCGAGGCUGGCAAGACCGUCACCUACAUGAUCUGUGGCAGCGGUGACUUCUCCAUGGAUUACUUCCAGGACUACAACCCAAGCCCCCUUGGCAUGUACGUCCGCCAGUGCUAG